AUUUGACCCCAUCCUCAACUGAUGACGUUGAACAAGUUGAGUUUUGCUGCAACGUGUUGUGGUUUGUGAAUUAAACGUCCAUUUUUUUAAAAGAGAACUCAACAAAAAAAACUAAUUAAAACCUGUCAUAAGAAUGUCUGGAUUUGGGGACCAACCCGACUAUUUCCGCCAGCAGGACGUUUCAUACAACUUCGAAAUGCCCCCUCAGCAGGACUUCCAGCAGGAAUUAAACUUCCAAUCAUAUGAGGAGAAGCCGAACGUAUCAGGGAAUAUUUACGGGUCGAAUCCUUACCUAAACCCGUCUGUUCCUCACUCAGGUGAUGUAUUUGGGGGCUCUGGCCCAGCAGGAGGGGCUUACGAGGGCGCCGGGGGCGACUUCGAGGAUGAACCGCCGUUGCUGGAGGAGUUGGGCAUCAAUCCCGAGUUCAUCGUCCAAAAGACUCUCACCGUGCUGAAUCCUUUUCACACUCCUGAAGUGGCAGCUUUGCAGGAUACUGACCUGGCCGGUCCUCUAGUGUUCUGUUUAGCCUUCGGAGGAUUCCUUCUUCUGUCUGGCAAGGUGCACUUCAGCUACAUUUACGGCAUCGGGGUGUUGGGGUGUUUGUCGAUGUGGGCCCUCCUGAGCCUAAUGUCGACUCAGGGUGUGACAAUAGGCACUGUUGUGACAGUUUUGGGCUACUGUCUCCUUCCAAUGGUCGGCCUUUCAGGAGUGAACGUAAUCCUGAGCUUACAAGGUUACGUCGGUAUUGUGUUGACCAGUGUGGCGAUUUUGUGGUGCAGUCUUUCGGCUUCCAAACUGUUUGUCACCGCUCUAGCCAUGGAUCAUCAACAACCCUUAGUGCUUUAUCCCUGUGCCCUACUUUACGGCGUUUUCGCUUUGAUUACAAUUUUUUAAACCCAAACCGGAAAAACAAGGAAUGUUUUUGUAAACAUUACUCAUAAUAAAUAUUAAUUAAACCA